GCACAGAGAACUGGACGGUAUUUAAGCCGUCAGUUUUCCUUAAUUUGUGGCAGUAUUUAAUUGGUUGGUGUACUAAUCUAACGUGGCUCAAAUUACUUAAUUAAAUUCGUUAAGAUGGAAGGCCCAGCUUACGAGAUGCUCAGCUUAAUUGGGGCCACAUUCAGUGAUCCUGACACUCCAGGUUUCGAUAAGGUGGUCGACAGCCUUUCCGACGCCAAGUUAAUCCAUGCAACCGCACCAACGGUAAACGACCUGACUUAUGCCCUUCAAGAAAUGGCGCUCUUGAAAGAUUCCAAUUUGACCUCGUUAUCAAAAUCCGGUUUAACCAUCACUUCCAACGAUACCGCCGAGUAUCGAAAAUGUGUCCUUUACUCCAGUAAAUCGGACCUUGUCGACACCCUCGAUAAAAUAUCUCCUCCCAUGACCCCGAUUCCAUCCAAGCCGCCAAAACUAUGCUACCUCGUGACCUGCCAGGGCACCCACUUUCCCACAAUGGGCCGCCAAGUAUACCACGCCAGUACCGUUUUUCGCCAUCAUUUCGAUUUUUGUGCCGCUCUGGUAAAAUCUGAAUACGCCAUCGACAUCAAGGCCUUCCUUCUGGAGGAAGUUGACGAAAAUGUCGUCCCGGACUGGAUGAAGUCGCCGGUCAACUUUCUCCCCUACCUGCUCGCCCUGCAGUUCGCCCUCUUCAAACUUUGGGAAUCAUGGGGGAUUAAACCCGAUUAUGUUCUUGGUCUAAGUUUUGGCGAAUACGGCGCUGCCGCAAUGGCAGGAAUGAUCACGAUUGAAGAGUCGUUUCGCCUCGUCAUGACGCGUGUGUGACUAAUGACUGAUCACAUUCAAGAGCAAGCCUUCUGCGUGGGAAUGAUGGAUAAAAAGAGAUUUGAGGAAAUUGUCGCUGAGGCGAGGAAGGAUGAAGGAAUGGAAGAUAUUUGGUUUGAAAUUGCUGCCAUUAAUUCCCCAAAGCAGACAUGUGUCGUCAGCAAUGAGAAGUAUAUCGAUAAGUUGGUCGAAACCUGUAAAAAGCAUGGCAUUAAGACCAUCAAGAAUCCCUACCAUCCAUACCACUCCUCUCUCACAAUGCCAAUUAUACCAGAAUUUGGCGAAACCACAUCCGCUAUCAAUUACCAACCCGCCAAAUGCAAAUAUAUCUCCACCGUUAACGGAAAAAUGUGGGACAAACUGGACAAACAGUAUUUUCUCGACCACUUGACGGGAACAGCGGAAUUUAUUUUGGCCGUUGAAACCGCUGUGGCGGAGGAGAUCACUCAUUUCAUGGAAAUAGGACCACACCCCAUCCAGAUUCAAAUGGUGAAGGACAUCCUGUCCAACAACGACCCACAAACGAGCAGUAAAUACAGUUUCUACACUUCCCUAAAAAAGAAGGUGGGUGACAGGGUCGCAUUGCUGAAUAGUUUGGGUCGCUUGUAUUCCGCCGGAUAUGAAGUUGAUUGGGAGGAAGUAGAAAAAUUUCAAUCCCAAAAUCUUAGUAUUUAACGAUGUUUAUUAAUUAAGCAGACAUUUCUUUGGUAUACUCAUUGUGUAGCUGUAUGUUUAUUAAUUGUAUGCUCAGCCAGAGUAGGCGUUAUUAUACAUAUAGCAUUUUACAUGAUUAUCAUAAAAGCUAAACGAACAUAGAUAAUCUUUAAAAGAAAACAAUAAACGAUUUUUAAAGUUAACUUCUAAA